AUGUCCCCAAGAUAUAAGGCAAAUCUUCUUGACUUUAUUUUAAUUACCAAGAAAUAUCGCGGUCGAUUUUCCAGGAAUAUUGUCACCGCAGAACAAGUGACAGCAUUUCAAGAUCAGGGUGUUAUCUGCAUUCGAGGUGUUUUCGGAGAAUGGAUCGAAAAGUUGACGAAAGGUAUCGAGAGAAACUUAGCGAAUCCUGGGAAACUAAGCGAGUGGCUCAAAAGUGAAAACUCAGAGACAUACUAUUUUAAUGAUUUAUUGAACUGGAAAAAGAUUCCAGAGUUUAAGGAGUUUGUAUUUGAAUCACCAGCCUCGGAAAUAGCGGGAAAGUUAAUGGAUGCUCAGUUUGCUGUAUUUUAUCACGAGCACGUUUUCACCAAAGAUCCUGGAACAACUCGCACCACUCCUUGGCAUCAUGACCAGUCUUAUUUCCCCGUGGAUGGAUGGAAG